AAUGACGGCUUUUCGGAAUCAAAAGUAUAAAGACCUCAAAAAGAAGCAUCUAGCAUCGGGAGAACUAUUUGUAGAUUCAGAAUUUCCUCCAAAUAAUAAAUCGUUAUUUUUUAGUCAAGUUGACAAUUCUAUUGAAUGGAGGAGGCCGAAAGAGUUGAGUAAAAUACCCCGUUUACUAGUUGAAAAUUCAACAAGCGAUGACUAUGUUGAAGGACCAACCGGAGCUGGCUGGUUUGGGUCAACUUGUUGCGCUCUUUUAUCAGAUAAAAAGUUACUUUUCAAGGUUCUGCCCGAUUAUAAGAAACAAGAAUUUACUGAUGAAAGCCAAUACGCUGGAAUAUUUAAAUUUUCAUUUUGGAGCGUUGGCGAGUGGUUUGAAGUUGUUGUUGACGAUUCUUUACCAGUUAAAGAUAAUAAGUUGAUUUAUCUUCAUACGGAGGCUAAAAAUGAGUACUGGGGAGCUUUGUGCCAGAAAGCGUAUGCAAAGUUCAUUGGGGACUAUGAAAGUAUGAAUAUGACUAAUGCUUCGAAUGCUUUAGUUGACUUUACUGGUGGAGUUGCUCAACCAAUAUCCUUUGAAGAUUACGACCUAUUAAGCACAGAGGUUCGACAAGAAAUUUUCAAAAUGUUAUUCGAAGCAAGUCAAAAUAAAAGUCUUAUGAUUGUGAGGAAGCAAUGCUCAGCUGAAGAGAAAUUAACGACAUCUUCGGAUGGCUUAUACAAUGGCCUAAAUUAUUUUGUCUCUUCGGUUUUGGGUCCUAAUUUGGAAUCAAAGGUAAAAGAUUACUUGGGGAAAAAUAAACUUGGCCUAAUAAGAGUUAGAAAUCCUUUGGGUAAUAAAGAAUGGAAUGGUAAAUGGAAUGAACAAUCCGAACCUAUGAAGCAAUUAUCACCAAAAGAGAAACAAAAAAAUGGUAUUCUUUAUUCUAAUGAUAGUGAGUUUUGGAUGGACUUUGAUGAAUUUUUGGAUAAAUUUACAAACGUUGAUAUAUGUCACUUUUUAAAUACUUCGUUCUUUUCGGCUGGAAAAUCACUCAAUGAAACAGCAUUUAAAGGCGAAUGGUCUAUUGGAGCAGCAGGAACAAAAAAAGAUAGAAGUGGUGGAAACGAAACUCAGAAAACAUUCUUAAACAAUCCACAAUAUCUUUUCGAGAUAAGUAAUGUAAAAGAUGAUGUUAUUAUUUCCCUUGAAACUUCUGGAAAAGACAUGAAUGAACGAGCUAUUGGCUUACACAUUAUGAGAGUUGCUGAUAAUCAAAAAUACCGAAUAAACGAUAAGGGAGAAACAGUAUUUAAGACUACGUUUAAUAAAUUGCGAAGUGCCUAUGUAAAGGAGACGUUUAAAAGGGGAUGCUACAUCCUAAUCCCAUGUACAGAAGCUGCUGGUUUUGCAGGAGAAUUUUACCUGAGGCUCUACUCUUCAGCAAAAUUAAAUGCCAAAUCGAUGAAUGAUAUCGUACCUACUAAAGCAACUUGCUGUUCAAAACCAUAUAAUUUCAUUACAAGAUUAAGAAUUAAACAAGUUGAAAAUAUGGAUCUACCCGAUAUGACCAAAGCCAGAAUGGAUAAUUUUAUGACAAAUCUAUUAAUUAAGAGUGAAAAAGAAAAAUUCGAAUCUAUUCCUGUCAAAGCGAAAGAAAACUCUGGAAAACUCGAUGCAGAAUACGAUACCCGUUGUAUAUUUUACAGAAAAAAAUUUACUGAACCAAUAAUUAUUCAGGUUUUUGAAUACGGAAGAAUACGUAGUAACAUUGUCGCCGAAGGACAAAUAGAGGGUCGAGACAUUAAAGAAGAAAUACAGGAAAAAAGUCUAGAACUAAUCAGCGGAGAGAAACAAGGUUUUAAAAAAAUACCUGGUAAUCUUGUUGUAGAGUUUAGCGGCUCCGAUGAUAUUACAGCAUACUAG